AUGGAACCAGAAAGGGACACAUCAGCGCGCAGUUCCCUGUGCCAAGGCAGUUGGGAAGGAAGGCUGCCACCAAAAAAAGUGGGCACGCUUGGCUAUUUCUCUGCCCCAAACGACGGAUUCUAUUUAAGUCUCGGCUCGGAACAUCUCCCCUCCCAUUGCAGCCUCGGGGAGGGAGGGAGACCUUUCAUCGCGGGCUCUGUAAACCGAUGCUCGGGCCAUCAGAGCGCGGAGAAGCGCCCUUCGCUGAGACCCAUCGGAGGCGCGCGUCGUGGCACGCUGGCUCGCAGCAGCGAUUCGCUCAGCCUUUGGCGUCGUUGCUUUUCCCCAAAAGCCAUGCCUCUCCUCGCCAAGAUCUUGCAAGCCGGCGGCAAGCAGGUGCCCCAGCCGCCGAGGAAUUGCGUCCCUGGGGCGCUUUGGCGCCGGAGGUCUCCCCAGCUGCCCAAACUUGCAGGCGACGCGUCCCCGGAGGCGCACGAGAAGGACAAAGGAAAGGAGAUGGUGGCAGAUGCCGAAGCAGCCCGGGCUCUCCCCGAAGCCUCCCGGCAUCCCAGGCACCAACUGGUGAAGAGCCUCAAGGAAAUGCCCGGACCCAAGUUCUUCUCCAAUCUGCUCGAGUUUUUCUGGAAGGAUGGAUUUGGACGCGUGCAUGAAAUCCAGCAAAAACAUGCUCAAGAAUAUGGAAAAAUUUUCAAGUCUCAUUUUGGUCCCCAACUAGUUGUAUCCAUUGCAGAUCGAGACAUGGUGGCCCAUGUUUUACAGGAAGAAGGAUCUACCCCACAACGAGCUAAUAUGGAAUCUUGGCAGGAAUACAGGGAUCUACGAGGAAGAGCGACGGGCCUUAUAUCUGCAGAGGGGGAACAGUGGCUAAAAAUGAGACGCGUGCUAAGGCAAAAAAUGGCAAAGCCCAAAGAUGUAGCUGUUUUCUGUGGAGGAGUUAAUGAAGUUAUUGCUGAUUUGAUUACGAGAAUCCACACCCUUAAAAAUCAAGAAGAAGAUGGGGAAACCGUGAGAAACAUUAACAGCCUUUUUUUCAAGUAUUCAAUGGAAGGAGUGACCACUAUCCUGUAUGAAUGCCGCUUGGGGUGCCUAGAAAACCACAUCCCCCAGGACACAGUGGAAUAUAUUGAAGCAUUGGAGCUGAUGUUCAGCAGUUUUAAAACUACCAUGUAUGUGGGAGCUAUUCCUAAAUGGCUUCGUCCAAUCAUUCCAAAGCCUUGGAAAGAAUUCUGUAGAUCCUGGGAUGGUCUCUUUAAAUUCAGUCAAACUCAUGUGGACAAUAAAUUAAAAGACAUCAAGUCUUUUUUAGACCGAGGAAAAGAGGUUAAUGGUGGACUUCUCACAACUCUGCUGAAAAGUAAAGAACUUACGGUGGAAGAAAUUUAUGCCAAUAUGACUGAAAUGCUUUUGGCAGGGGUUGAUACAACUUCCUUCACUUUAUCCUGGGCAAUAUAUCUAUUAGCAAAGCAUCCAGAAGUACAGCAUUCUGUGUAUAAAGAGAUAAUCAGUAAACUGGGUAAAGACAAAGUCCCUCAUGCCAAUGAUAUCCCUAACCUGCCAAUGAUCAGAGCCCUUCUCAAAGAAACUUUAAGGUUAUUUCCAGUGUUACCAGGAAAUGGCAGAGUAACCCAGAAAGAUUUGAUUGUUGGAGGAUACUUGAUACCUAAAGGGACCCAGUUGGCACUCUGUCAUUAUGCUACAUCAUAUCAGGAAGAGAAUUUUCCAUUAGCACAUGAAUUCCAACCUGAGCGCUGGCUAAGGAAAAGUAAUAUGGACAGGGUAGAUAAUUUUGGUUCUAUCCCCUUUGGUUAUGGCAUUCGGAGCUGCAUAGGAAAGAGAAUUGCGGAACUGGAAAUUCACCUGGCAUUAAUACAGCUACUUCAACAUUUUGAAAUAAAAUCUUCUCCCAAAACUAAAUCUGUUCGUGCGAAAACCCAUGGAUUAUUGACUCCAGCAGAUUCCAUCAAUGUGAAAUUUGCAGACAGGAAAUGAGACCAGAACCUUCAAAAAGCUUGUGCUAUACUCCAUAGCCUGACCUGCGAAAGAAAGGCAAAGAUUCUUUUAACUAUCAUGGAAUUUGUG